AAAGGCACCGUAUAAACCUCGAGUAGUACCCAACUUACUAAUUUCUAAAUGGCUUCCAUUGGAUUCACCUCCUGCUGCACGCAGGUCAUUCACCACGAAGGAACUCCCGCCGGCACCUUCACCACCGUUGGAGGACUCGACACUUACACCACCGGAGAUGAGCAUGGGAACAGUCACGUGCUUGUGAUCUUGACAGAUAUCUUUGGCUAUAAGUUGAAUAAUACCCUUUUAGUGGCGGACGAACUCGCAAGACUCGGCAAGUACAGAGUGUUGAUUCCUGACAUCUUGAACAACGACCCGUUCGAGAAGUGGGUGCUCUAUUGGUUCUUAUGGCACCGUCCUGGUAUCACCACCCCCAUUGUAGAUGGAUUUUUGAGUAAAAUGAAACAGGAGUUGAACCCCAAGUUUAUCGGAGCGAUUGGCUACUGUUUUGGAGCCAAGUUUGCCAUCCCAAACUUGACGGAGACUGGGCUUGUGGAUGCUGCUGCUGUUGCACAUCCUUCUCUUGUGAAGGAGAGUGAGGUAGCUAGAAUCACCAAACCCAUUCUCAUCUCCAUUGGUGCUGAUGACAAGUCAUUCUCGGUGAAGUUGAGACACAAGACGGAAGAGAUUUUGGCUAACAAACCUGACCUCCAGUGGGAAAUAAAGUUGUUUCUGGGUGUUCCUCACGGAUACGCAGUUCGAGGCGAUAUCACCAUUCCCCAGGUGAAAUACGCCAAAGAGAAGACGAUAUUGGACCAAAUCAACUUCUUCAACAGCGUGAGUGGGCACAGCUUCGAGUGAUAAUUUUGUGUAACUAGAUAGUAUUUUAGGUAAUGCAACAAUUUUGCAGUUGCAGCCACUGAGAGCGGAAUUGGCGCACUUGGCUGCACGGCACUGGUUCUUAUCCCUUUUUCAUAUCUCCAACUACAUCACCAUGUAUACCGACAAAACCUCCCAAUUGCCAUUGGCAGGCGUCCAUCACUCCCCACCCUCUAGACUCUGGUGGCUGAGGUACAAAGCACUUUUGGUGUUACUUCCAGGAUUUUAUUUCUUGUUAACCUAUCACCAAGUCCCGCUUAUCUCCACCAAAGGAACCACUUCGUUUUGCCCUGAAGUCGCCAAAAUCAACCCAUUGGAUGUUAUAUACAGCCAGGAGACAUUACAG